UUAGACUCAUCGUUAAAGCGCCAUACCGCUCUUAUCAAACGAAUUCGUCAGUCAAUGGCGGCAGACAACAAGGAGCAAAUCUUGAAAGAUAUUGAUUCUCUGUCGUUGGAGAAAUAUAUCGACGAAAUAGCUGGGGCUGUGGUCGAAGGUCUCUCGCGAUGUAAGACCGAGAAAGACGUUUGGGGGGCAGUUGAGAUCAUCUCCCCUCUGCAUCGCCGCUUUCCGAAGACGUUUACUCCCGAGUUUGUAUCUGCGUUGUCCGUGGCCAUCAGUCCACCCUCACGGGCGUCUCUGACCAGUAUAGCACCAGAGCAGAGGGAGAAGGAAGACAACGCUAGGAUUAUACGUCAGCGUCCUAUCCUUCGAGUUUGUUCAGAACUUGCUUUGGUUGGCAUAAUUAAGGACAGCUCAGAAAGGAGUGGCGCCGAGUGGGUCAUGAAGGCGGUGAAAGAUCUGCUAUCCAACGAUCCCACCCUGUCAUCUCUACCAUUACUCACAACUUUUUUGAAGUCAUAUUCCCGGCCUUAUCUCGGGGUGGUUGCACCUGCCACGCACAAACAAAUUCCAAACAAUUCCAACUCGCCAACAGACGACGAGGAUGCGGGAGGCCAAUUUCCGCCUAUCUUUAAAGAAGAGGAUGAGUUGGUCGAGCGUGAUAUACGUGACCGUUUCAAGCGUAUGUGUGAAGGGUAUUUUGAUAACGUCUGCAAGAAAUUGGUAAUUGAGCAUAAACGGCUUCAAGAACAAGAUAAACGAAAUCAUGAAGCCUAUAUUCGUUCCGGUGAAAUCUUCGAAGAUCGUCAGCAAGCCUACGAAAAAAUGACGAAAGGCUACGAAAAGCUCUUGGCCAGUUGCCAGUCUUUGUCCGAACUGCUUUACCUUCCCCUUCCCUCGCUUCCCACGAUGUCACAAAAAUCGGAUUCUAUUCAGAUCGGCGCGAAUUCGAGUUCACUCCUGGGGGAUACUGACGAAGUGAUCAUAACUGGCGGAAAGUGGGAAGACGAGGAGGAACGUCGAUUUUUUGAAGAUGUUCAGGACUUGAAAGACUUUGUUCCAAGCAGCGUUUUAGGGAUCGAUGAUUCAAGCGACAGCGAAGAGGAGAUUAGCAAGGAGAAGGAGAAAGAGAGGGUGGACCGGGAAAAGGACGAGGUAAGGAAAGCGACAACACCGCCACUUUCACCUCAACUCGCUCCUCAAGGCCCCUCUCAGUUAUUGACAGCCCUUCUUGUUCGGCUUCCAGAUGCUACCAACCGUGCUCUGAUUGAUCAAGCUGCGAUUGAUUUUGCUUUUCUGAACUCUAAGGCCGCGCGAAGGCGCCUUGUAAAGUUCAUGUCGCAAGUGCCGAAGAAUCGAACUGAUCUUUUACCGCAUUAUUCACGACUUAUUGCGACGCUAAAUAAGUACAUGCCGGAUAUUGGCACCGAGGUUGUAGCGACGCUCGACGAAGAAUUCCGCUAUCUUCAAAGGAAGAAAAAUGUUCUGAAGGAGCUGGCAGAAGUCAGACUCAAAAACAUCAUCUUUCUUUCAAACUUGACCAAAUUCCGAAUUGUACCCCCUCACGUUAUUCUUCACAUGUUCAAAGUCUGCUUGGAUGAUUUUUCGGGAACCAACGUGGAGAAUAUUGCUUUGCUAUUAGAAGGAUGUGGUAGAUUUUUGCUUAGGAGUGAAGAUACUAGCGAGAGAUUCGGAACUAUGUUGGAACUGAUGAGGCGAAAACAAAGUAUGCAGCAUUUUGACCAACGUCAGUUGUUGUUGUUGGAGAACGCCUAUUACCAGUGUAAUCCUCCUGAGCGGGCUCCAAGGCAGGAGAAGCUCCGAACCCCCAUGGAACUUUUUAUCCGCCAUCUGAUUUACGAUGUUUUGGCCAAGAGGACCAUUGACAAAGUUCUCAAAUUAGUGCGUAAACUGGAUUGGGAGAACGAUGAGGUGCGGCGAAUCCUCCACAAAGUGUUCACGAAGUCUUGGAAAAUCAAAUACGGUAACAUCAGUCUGUUGGCUAUGUUGACAUACGAUCUGCAAAGGUACCGACCAACCUUCGCCAUUGCCGUGGUCGAUCAAGUACUCGAAGACGUGCGAAGGGGUUUGGAACAAAAUAUCUACAGCACAAAUCAGAGAAGAGUAGCAACCGUGAAAUAUCUCGGAGAGCUAUAUAUCUAUCGCCUCCUUAGCUCGGGAAUCAUUUUCGAUACUCUCUGGUCUAUUGUAACAUUCGGCCAUCCUGACGGAAGACCACUCCCACAUCAAGUAGUCCCUCUCGACAUGCCCGACGAUUUCUUCCGCGUUCGACUUGUCUGCGUCCUCCUGGAUACCUGUGGGAUGUGUUUUGACCGAGGAACGCAGAAGAAGAAAUUGGACAAUUUUUUGACUUUCUUCCAGUAUUAUGUCCUAUGCAAAGAGUCGUUGCCCAUGGAUGUGGACUUUAUGCUCACAGACUCACUUGAGGCUGUCAGGCCCAAGUUAGAAAUGGCAACAACUCUUGAGCAAGCGGCCAUAGCAGUCGACGAUAUGUUUAAUUCCACUUUUCAAACAACCGGCAGUGGUGAUGACAGCGGUGAUGACAGUGGUGAAGAGGGUGAACGACGGGACGAAGAGCAGCAAGCCGAGGAGGAGGAGGAAGAUCUUGGUGAACAAGACUCACCGGUUUAUCAGGAAAUUGUCCUUUCGGCCAGCAAUAGUUCGCAGGACAACCUUGGCCCCUCUGAAGAAGCUGACGCUGAAUUUGCGAAAGAGCUCGCAAAAUUAGUCACUGAUAAUUCAGCUGAAUCACGAAAAGUGGACAAGAAGACUGCUUUGGCGCUUUGGGAUUCGGCUGUCCUUCCUCCAGCUGCAAGAAAGAAGCGAACGGACGAUGUUGACGACGAUACGGCCGGUGAUUCGGCUAACGGGCAUAACAUGACCAACUUCACAGUUAUUACGAAACGUGGCAAUAAGCAGCUGAUGCGUCAACUUGCUGUCCCGUCCGAAUCGGCAUUGGCUGUACACACUCGAUCUGCACAAUUACAAGACAAGGUCGAGCAACAACAUUUGAAGCGACUCGUCCUCGAUUAUGAACAACGAGAAGAAGCUGAAGAGCUGAGAGGUCGGUUCUUCUCAUAG